UUCCUUGCCGCUUGGGGCCGCCGGUUGCGCCCAGCAGAGCAGCAGCCCUGUCCUCCCCUGUCCUUCCCCGCCGGGAGGCGGAGCCGCUGUCCCCGCGCAUGCCCGGCCGCUGCGCUGCGGGAGCGGCGGAGGUGCGGGGCUGCCCGGGGGAAGCCCGGAGCGAGGGCGGGGAUCCCCGGCUGUGCGGCGCAGGAGAACACGUCCAUAGGAUGGAGUCAGAGCACCUCAGGUUGCGUCAGGCCAACCAGGACCUUCUACAAAGGCUCAGAAUGAAGCAGGAAGAGAUAAGAAAAAGUCUUCCCAGCAAGCCACUUCUUCCAGCAUCUCUUUGUAAUAGAGCAACUGUUGAAGCAUCUGUCCCCCUGCCCAAGAGAGGGAAGGAAAAUCAAGUUGAUCGUGUGUUGACACAGCACGAUCCUGCAACGUUGGUGUCUGUGGAACCCAGAGCUUGCACAGCCAGAGCAGCCCUUUGUUCAUCACUCAAACACAGCAGCAAUGGCAGAGGGGUGCAGCAACAAACGAAGAUGCAGGAAUCAGUUUUGCAAUCCAGCUUUCCUGGUAAAGAGAAAAAUCUCAUACCUGCGUCUGCAAUCAUUACAUGUGAUAGAGAAACUUGCAGAGUGGUUGAGGAUAGCCAUGCUCAAGGAAGUGCAGAGGAAGACUUCUUCCUUCUAGGACAUGGAAAGAACAGAAGACAGACCAUUCUUCCACAUGGUUCCAGUGAGAAGAAUGAGCCUAGGGGUCAUUUGGACCCAUCAGCAAAUAAAGUAAAAAGUGAAGAGACCUCCAAGGAAGCCACAACACCUAAAUCAAUCCUGCUGACACCUCAGUCCAAAGAACUGAAGAAGGAAGCUGGUCGUGUGACUUUUCAAGCUGAACCUGAAGAAUAUACUGUGCCUGUGAGUAGCUGGUCCGUGCGUCCGUUCCUGGGCUACGACUGGAUUGCAGGCCUUCUAGAUACAAACUCUUCAGUAGCAGAAAAGUCUGAUCAAUAUUUUGCUGAGCUCCAUGAGUUUCGACAGGCCAACAAAGAAGCAUGUAUCUCUGAGCAGCACAUGGAGACCGAGCCUCUGGAAUAUAUAAUUCCUGAACAAGAUUUGAUAGCCAGUUCCCAUAAAUGUGUUUACUGUUACCGAUUAAACCAGCGCCUCUUUCCUGUCCCUACGGAUUCAGAUUCUGCCUGUCCUGUAUGUAAGGUCCCACGUACCCACCAGCCCCCAGAGACACUGGAAGAGCCAGCCUAUGUCAGGGUCAGCAUUCCCAGGUCUACUCUUAUGCCUGCGUACAAAUACAAAGCUCACUGCAGGAAAAGCUUUGAACCAGCAGACAGCCUAGCAUUACCUUUGCAUUGCCUGGUUGGCUGGGAAAAUACUAUUCCUUCCAGUGACCCCACAGUCAGCAGCUUGGAUCUGCGAGCUUCACUGGAAGAGAAACCUCACCAUUCUCACGUGAACUUGGUGUCCAGAGUGUCAGAAGGAACCAGAACUGAUCAGCUUCUGAACCUGGCCUACUCAACACUCUUCAGAUUAAGCAGUGCUUCUCACAGAGGGACCAAAACAAACAUGGACAUUGCAGAGCAGCUUCACUUCUAAAUACUACUGCCUCAACUGUGGACCACUGACUUGUUGGCCCUGAGGAAGGGAUGGGGGCAGGGAUUGGAAACAAGUUAAUUUGUUCAAAAAUAAAUCCUCACACGAGGAGAUCUUUUUUCUAAUUUUAGUAGUCACAUACCUCUAUGAGCAAGCAGUCCACUUACUUCAAUGUACAAACUCAUGGCUUUUCACUUUGCACGUUUUGCAGCUACUUCUAAGCAGAUGCAUGAGCUUUCCUACCUAUGGAGAUAAAGAGAUGCAGACUGGACAACUAGGAGAACCAUAGAUGUGUACAGAGUUCAUCUGCCAUUUCAGUUAAGCAAAUCAGAAAUGUAGUGUUAUCUGAGGAUGCCAGGGCAAGGAAUUAGCUUAUGGAUGGCCUUGUUCAAUGGAAGCAUACAAAUAUGCUUAUUUUCAGACAUGUGAAGCAUAACAAGUACAAAUCACUAAUGCCUUAAACUUGAGAUACCUCAACAGUGUAGUUAAAAAAUCCAGUUUAUCUUCAGUUCAGUGUCUGUAGCUACAGGGUACAUUACAGAGUCAUUAUAAACUUGGAAAAGCACAUUUUAUUACUCGAAAACCUAGAAAAUGCCUUAAGAUAUUUGCAAGUUACAAUUACCUCUACUUUUCCAAGGUUUUUGGAGGUUAGCAAAAAAACUUUGUGGAGAACAGUUUAAGAGCAAAAGCAAUUUGUUCUGUAUGGUAUGAUUUGUUUGAACGUCGUGUUAUGAUCUUUCCUUGUCUAAAAAUGAUAAAACAGACGUCAUGUUUUGUCUCCAGUAAUCCUGAAAGAUAAAUUCCUUUCUUAAGAAUUCUGGAAGUUAUUGUGUAAUCUUGACUAGUAAUUGCAUUCAGAAGCUUUAAAUCAAGUUUAUUGGUGAGAGCAAACUUCACAGAAAGCUUUGGAUUUGCACCAGUAUUUUCAGCUUCUUGCUGUUUGGUGUUAAUUAAUUAACGUGCCCAAUGCUUUAUAAAACAAAUGUAUGAUUAGACUUUUUAAAGCAAGGGAGCAGUGUUGCAAGUGUAUGAAGUCUUACUGUGUGACUGGAAUGGAAAGCAAAUGGCAUGAUUGACUAGUUUUGCUUUGGGUUGAAUAUUUAGGGUAAAGUGAAAGGAAUUGGUCACAUUCUUUCCUCUAAAGCACAAUCCCAUGCUCUCUCUCCCUUAGUAAUGUUUUUUACUAUGUUCAUACAUGCUCUUUCAGAUGGAGCUUCCCAGAAGUACUCAGUCUUAAAGUAUAUCUAUUGAGAUAGAUAGAUAGAGAUGAUCAUCUGAGCUGUUCCAGGUGCCCUUAUUGCUAAUAAAAAUUUCACUUUCACAGUCAGGAGAACUGCUUCUGGUUUCCAUCUUUAAAUACUGGUAACUUCAGUUCACUUCCUUGGCUGAACUCUUUUGGAACAGAAAAUGUGGUUUGCUUGCUAAAUUAGAGAAUGACCUCAUGGCUCUACAUAAAGUUUUGUCUCCACAUUUGUGCAGAAUAAGUUUAUGUCAUGAUCCUUUUUGCACAAGGAAUCCAACAUUACUCAAGUUUUCCAGAAGAGUUUAAGCAAUGUACAUUUUAUUGCUAUUCCAAGCAGUUGGCUGCAUCAGUUUAUAGUUGUUAGUAUACAAACACAUAUUUUUUUGUGGACAACUUGGUUUUGUCUUUCCAUUUGCAAUUGAAAUCAGCAAAGGCUUUGUAAUUGGAGUUUGGCUAAUCUUGUUGAUAUGAGGUCCAGAAUUGAGAUCUGAUUGUGUGAUAGAGAGUAAGCAAUUGUUUUUUGUUUGUUUUUAAUUGGGACACCUGACUAUGGAUGUAUCUGGUGGCCUCAUAUUCUAGUAAGAAGGUGGUUCAUAGUCAAAUUUCUCAUAAUAUUCACCUUUAAAAAUAGAACCAUACAAGAAAAUGAGGCUCACUCCAAUUUUGUUUAACCCACAGCUGAGCUAAAUGAGCGUUUUCCCUUCAUAUGUUUUCUCACAAUUGCUCUGCUGAGGGUAUGUGCAAAGCAGUGUGGCUGCUGAUUGCAUUCAAGAUAUCAAAGUUACAAAUCCUAGUUAGCUUACUUUCAACAACAGUAAUGCAGGGAAUGGCAGGUCAUUUCUAGAAAGUGAGGUCAGACUUUCUGAGAACCAGGUUAUUUAUUUAUUAUUCUUUUAGCUUUGAAUAUGAGACUGAAUCUCAAUCCAAAAGACUGGCAAAGGAAGUUUUAUCUGGCCCACAGUGAUUAUAAAUAACUACAAGAUGCAAUUUUUGAACAGUGUGCUAUGAGUAAUCUGGGUGUGGAUUAAUGAGUUAAGGGGUAUUAAGGUUUUGUACAGUAUCUGUGUCCUGCACCAAAUGUUAUUGCAAACCACAGUGCUAUGCCUUUUCAUGAAGGAGAGUGGCUGAGAAGGCACCUGAGAGUAAUUACAAGGGAAAACAUCGAUUUACAGGUUGAAAAAUUGUAGUUGUUUAGUGUUAAAGGAGCUUCUGCACUUGGACUAGAGUCUGCAGCAGCCGGAGCUGUGAUGAAGCCACAGCUUCUAGGGGGAAGCUGAGGGAGGGAUCAGUGUGCUUGGGAUGUUGGGACUGUGGGUUAGGAAAAUGUGAGGUUGGCCAGGACCAGAUAAGCAGAAGUGAGACUGUGGGAAUAUAUAUGGUAGGAAGUGGUAAGUGAGGUGUGGCAAGAUGAAGAGGGCGUAAAAGAGGGGGGGCUGGAUUGCAAAGGCAGGAAUGUAAGCUGUGAUGGGGGGGGAAUAUUUUGCAGAUCAAAAUGCUAUGGUAAAGAAUAGGAUUCCCAAUGGUGUACCCAUAUCUCCAGGAUUAUUACCCACAAAGCAAUACAAAUAAUCUUGCAGGCACCCCAUGGUAGCUUGUUUUCUGUUCCUAAAGGCAGUUGUGCUGUUGUGUGUCCUCUAACUGUGGUUUAGGGAGUUUUGUCUUCAUGCGUAUUGAUGAGCAAGAAAAGGAGCAGCCUCACAUGCCUGAAAUGUACAAGAAUCCCCAAGGAGAAGGAAUUCUCGACAACGGUUGAUGAGGAAGGAUGUGUAGCUGAUAGAGCCUGGCUUUGUUUGCAUUUCCAUUGCAUUAGAGACUGAGAGAAGUUUGAUGUCGAUCAAGGGUGGGAAGAGAGUGCUCAAAUGUAUAGAGAGAUGGCAAUCCAUUCCCAAAUAACUCCUGCAAUGGGGCAAAAGAGACCUUUCAGGGAGAAGGUAUGAGUCCUCCAGUCUUACGUGUGUGAUAUAAUGGCAGAAUUUGAGAGAACAGUGGCAAAAUUGUGAGAGGCAGAGUAGCUUCUGCUUCCACUGAAAGUUGGAACAGCCCAAGUGAGGCCUGAUGGCUUGAUCUGGAGCAUGCUUGUUCUGUCUGUGCAGAGGUAUUUCAGUUGAUAGCUAGCUGCAGUGCCCAUUUUCACUAGUUCUCUUUUGGUUUGAGGGAUAACCGCCUGGUGCUUUGAUGGUAAAGCUGGUGGCUGACUUCCUCUUGCUGUCUCUUCAUAACCUCGAUUGUUGUGUUGGGAAACAGAGCCUUGCUUACUUAAAUGCAACACAGUAAAUAAUGCAUCUGUUAUUUGUUGUAAAGGACAAGUCUGUUUCUUAGUAAUGGUGUUUAACUGCCAUCGGUGUUGUUUUGUUUGUUUGCCUCCUCUAGGGUUGCUGUCAGAUGGAUGUGGUGAUGUCUCCAGAUCAGGUGUUUCUUGCUGACAGUACAUUUCAGGAAUCAAUACUCAGUCUUGAAUGAGUGUGGUGCCGAUUUAUUCAUUCUGUUUAGUUAUUAGCAUGUCAAGGAAUGACACCUCAAGAACGCUCAGGUGAAUCAUUUGCUUGUGGUAAGAACUUGUUUUUUGAGUGAUUUCCAAACUUUGAUUUUUGGGGCUUUCAUCUUUUUGGAACUUGGGUUUUCGUAGCCCAGAACUGGUUCAGAUGUGAUGCACUGAGAAGACACAGAUGCGUUUUCUUCUUUUCUCUGUAAAAACCUUUGAUUUCACAGAUUUCCUGGGUAAUGGUGGACCAAUGUAAGGACUCAACUUCCCACUUCUGAUGGAGUAUUGCGUUGGUUUCUGCAGAACAAAAGCAUGCUGCUAGGAAGAGGAAAAUAAGACCAUUGGAUUUCAGUGUUCAGACGUGUUUAAAAUGCUCUUGGGGGGGAAAAAAAAAACAAAAAACAAACAA